CGUUAAUAACCGCCAGUGCCAAAAAGGAAAGGAAGCACAGAAGACCGUGAGGAAGCACAAGCACACGACACCACACCACACCACACCACCGCACGCACACCGACACACCACACCACUCGCCAACAUGACGGACACUGAGCUUGUGUCGCCACCCCAGGAUGGCAUCUCCUCUGUUGUGUUUUCUCCGACCAGCAACUUGCUUCUCGUUGCUUCCUGGGACAAGACGUGCCGGCUUUACGACGUGGACUCCAACACGCUCAAGUUCACGUUUUCGCACGAUGCACCGGUGCUGGACUGCGCCUUCCUCGACGACACAACAGCUUUUGGUGCGGGGAUUGACAAACAGCUGCACAAGUACGACUUGACGACUGGCAAGAGCUCCGUUGUCGGGUCGCACAGCGAGGCCAUCAAGUGUGUGGAGUGCUCGAUCAAGCACGGCGUGGUCAUAACCGGCAGCUGGGACAAGACCAUCAAGCUGUGGAAUCUCGAGUCCCUCGAGUGCGUCGGCGAAUACGCCCAGCCAGACAAGGUGUACACGAUGGCGUUGGCUGAUGACCGCGUGAUCGUCGGCAUGGCUGGUCGACACGUGUGGGUGUGGAACCUCAACAAUAUGAGUGCGGUGGAGCAGCGACGAGAGUCGAGUGUGAAAUUCCAGACCCGGUGCAUCCGUGCAAUGCCGGACGCCCAAGGGUAUGUGCUCGCGUCGAUUGAGGGCCGUGUUGCUGUGGACUAUCUCGACCCGUCUGAAUCGUCGCAGAAGCGCAAGUUUGCGUUCAAGUGCCACCGCUCGAAGGAGAACGGGCGUGAUGUCAUCUACCCGGUCAACGCCGUCGCCUUCCACCCAACCUUUGGCACGUUUGCGACGGGCGGGUGCGAUGGGCUCGUGAACGUGUGGGACGGCGUCAACAGGAAGCGCGUGUACCAGUUCCACGAGUACCCGACGAGCAUUGCGUCGCUGUCGUUCAACCACGACGGGUCGCUGCUCGCCAUUGCCGCAUCGUACACAUAUGAGGAGGGCGACAAGCCCCACCCGCCCGACGCCAUCUUCAUUCGUCGAAUCACGGAGGAGAACGUCAAGCCAAAGCCACGCUCAUAGACACACACGCGCGCACGCACACACACACGCACACGCACACGCACACGCACACGCACGCACACUCAAAUCAACACACGCACCAUAUGUUCCACGUUUUUUUCUGGUGUUGUUUCUUCACUGACUAACAAUACAAUCACGUUUCGUUUCAAACAAAUGAACAAGAAACAAGCAAUAGC